AUGGUGGGUUCAAUUAAUGGAUUAAUAUGUUUGUCCCACGAGUUACGUGAAAAAUUGAUCAUCCUGUGGAAUCCAGCCAUUGACAAAUACGUGAGACUUCCGGUACCGGCACCAGCACGUAGUAUUAGAUCUCACUCCCCCGAGUGCAUUCUUGGGUUCGGGUUCGAUUCUCGGACUUAUGACUACAAGGUUGUGAGAAUUGUUUACGGUCUCAACACGUUUGAAUCCGAGGUUGAUGUUUAUGAGCUUAGCACCGGUAUGUGGAGAAGCAGCAUUGGUUCUGCUGCUCUUCCAUAUCCCAUGAUUGUAUGUCAUACUUCACAUGUUUUUGUGAAUGGGGCUUCACAUUGGAUUGCAAGGCGAGGGAAUGGGUAUUUGAUUUUGUCAUUUGAUAUGUGUAGUGAGGUUUUCAAGGUGAUGAUGCCUCCGGACGCUGUCGCUAAUGGCGGUCCGGUGCUGAGGUUGUCUGUUGCACCUUUUGGGGAUUAUGUUUCUCUGUUCGAGUACAGAUGUGGCACAAUUAUGAGUUGUUGCAUAUGGGUGAUGAAAGAAUAUGGUGUAGCGAGUUCUUGGACCAGAUUGUUCAUUGUUGAUAUAGGAAGAAGAAGCAAGGUUUUAGGAUUUAGGAAAACGGGUGAAGUUGUUGUGCGAAUGGAUGAUUGUAGUUUGGUUUCAUAUGGUCCCAAUAGCAAAAAAGAUAUUGGAAUCAGUGCAAAACAAUACUCGUUUCGUUUGGUUCCUUACCUGGAAAGCCUCGUUUUACUUGGGAGGAAAAAUAUAUUGAAAGGCCCAAUCAUGUAA